AUGGCAACGCCUUAUUCUCCUACAACCCCAACUCCACCAUGGCCUUCACCAUCCUCCGUCAAUCAACACCGGAGCAACCUGAGCAACAAGCGGAAAGUCGACGCCAUUGUAGACAACAAUGACAUCGACUCCACCGCCCACAGUAGUAUAUCCUCGCAAUUCAAGAAACUUCGCUUGAAUCAACAGCAGCGGAAUGGACUCGUCAACCCCAAUACUGGUACCAGUAAUGUCAAUCCCAUUACAUUCCACCACAACAAUCAGCAACCGCUUCAGCCCCUGCAACAGCAUCAGCAGCACGAAAACCAACACCAUCCUCACAUCCUCAUACCCACCAGUCCCAGCUCGCGAUACAGACCACACAUCGCGAACACAGACGUCCGGCCUGCUCUGCCACCAUUUCUACCCGCACCAACCCUACCAACAAGACACACUACCGCCGCUUCGCCAUUAAUAUCACCAGAUUUACAACAACCGCGCACACCGACACCCAAAGCACGCAGCCCAGGCCCAACCGCGUUAGCAACCUCAUACCGGCGCCUGCAUGACCCACCUGCAGCAAGACCACUGCCCCUGUCACCACCACAACCCUCUUCUCGAGGAGGUCAGCACACUCGCAACUCCUCCAACGCCUCCACCUCCAGCAUCAUGGCUAUCGACGAAACCCCGCACCGGAUCAUCAUCAAUGACCUCGAAGCCGAGAUCGCCGCCAUUGAAGCCGACGAAGCCGACCGCGCGACGAGCGUCUUCAUCUCGGACAUAGACAAGAAGGUCUCGGCGAUUCCUCAGCGCCUGCUCCAGAACCCAUCGUCCACUCCGACGGCCGGUCCAGGAGUGUUCACCGACACAGCCCACCCGCCGGUAGCGACCGCCCUCGUGCUGUACAAAGACCCGACGAGCAUCAGCGUGCCUGAAUCGGAGGACGUGGUGCGCAAGACGAUCAUCGCGGCGCGGCAGCGAGCGCGCGAGAAGGCGGUCGAGGACCAGCGAGACCGCGACCGCGAGCGCCAGCGGUUUCUCAGCGAAUACCGAUCCGCUGGGAGGGGCCGAUACGGGGGCUUGGAUGGCGGUGCUGAUCACGAUUUCUUCGAUGAUGCUAUGACGGAUCAUUCGUCCCUCGGCGGGGAUUUCGAAGACGACGACGGCGACGAUCCCGAUGCCAUGGAUAUCGAAUAG